AUGGGGUCGCUUCCUUCACCACCGUCACCACGAGCACCAGCCUCUGAGAAUUCAGGUAACAAUUACAAAUUGUGGGGGUCAUUUUACUCACCAAAUACAAGCAUGCCUAAUUGGAUUGCAUAUUACGAGCCAUCAACCAACACAUGGUCCCAGGUCAGAUUAAUCCCAGGUCUUGAAGAGAACCAGGUUCUCAAAGGAUUUGCUAUGGUCUCGAUUGGUUAUUAUAUUUUCAUUAUUGGUGGCCGGCUCUGUAAGUAUGGUGCUCUUCAUGAUUCUGAAGAUGUUGAGGAAAUCAAUAUCAAAGUUCUCUCGACUAUACACCGUUACGAUACGCUCAAUCACAUAUGGUCAACAUGCGCACCUCUUGGCACUCCACGGUUUGACUUUGCUUGCACUGUUUGUGACAACAAGAUAUACGUAGCAGGCGGACAAAGUACUUCGGGUUGUGCCAGAGGAAUUCCGUCUGCAGAAAUGUACGACCCUGAUGUUGAUCUCUGGACUCUUUUGCCUAAAAUGAGUACCUUAAGAUACAAAUCAGCGGGUGUCACUUGGCAACGGAAGAUCCAUGUAGUUGGAGGGUUUGCUGAGAAGGAAGACUGUUGUCAGCCAGUAUUAUACACCAUGCUGCGCAGCUCUGCAGAAGUAUUUGAUCCAUGUCGAGGUGAAUGGGACCUUGCCGAGGGAAUGUGGAAACUUGACAUCCCACCUAACCAAAUUGUAGCCGUGGAUGGCAAACUAUUUAGCUCGGGGGACUGCUUAAACACAUGGAAGGGUCAUAUAGAAAUCUACGACGGGGAUCUUAAAAUCUGGAACAUAAUGAAUGGAUCUAAGGUGCAGAAUCUCUCCUCCUUAAUCUCCACGUGGGUUGAAAAUAAGUAUCCGAUUGAGUUACGUUACCUUAGAAUGGCUACAGUUGGCACACAUCUAUACUUUGUAGCCGGAUAUUGCAAUACCGGGGAGGUCUGUGGGUUAUUCUCAGUUGUCCAUUCAUUUGACACUUCACUUGGGGCCGAUCCAUCGUGGAACAGCUCGGAACCAAUCAAAGAAGAGGCAGAAAACCUAAUGUGUUGCCAUACUUGUGUUGUUCAGGUCCCGAAAAUCUAA